AUGCAAUUUUCUUAAAGAGUAUAUCAUUAUCAAUCAUAUCUUAAUGCUUGUCUAAAAUAUUUAAGUGGAUUCUUUUUCCCUUAGUGUCCUUAAUAACAGUAUUAUGUUGGCUUCUUUAAAUGUUUGGCUUGUUACUGUUAUAUUGAAUUAAAUACAGAAGUUAAAUCAAACGCUAAUAUAAAAAAUCAAUAAAUGGCAAAAAAUAUCAAUUAUGAGUUGGAUGUGAAAAUAUUAAUAGUAUAUUAUGAGAUAAUAUUGAUGUUGAUGAUAAUAUUGUUAUUAGAUAUAGUAUUUUUGCAUCAAGAUGUAAAAUUAAAAAAUCAAUUUAAUCCUCUAUAUUUAAAUAAGAUAAUUAAAGAAAUAUUAGAAAAUUAUCAAAUUUUAAUAUAUGAUCAAAAUAGAUUUUCAAUUAUUAAUGUAAAUGCAAUCAAAGUUAAUUCUAAUAUUGCUUUUGAAAAUAUUGUUAUGAUUUUGGCACAAGCAUUUGUAGCUACUCUCUAACCAGACAUUGAUUCUCUUAAAAUGCUUAUGAAUUAUGAGAGGAGUUUAUCAUUAGUUUUGUAAAUGAAACUGAAGUUCCUUGUUAUAGUAAAUAAAUAGAAAUAUUUUGUAAAUAAAAUUAAUAUAAUCUUUUGA